CGAUAAAUACAAGUCGUGGCUACAACGUACGAGUAGAUAAGUCAUCUGGUGUACUGAUGUGUUAUAACAUUGUACCUUCACUGAACGGCUACAAUACGCCAUGUUUCCCAUCUUUUGAAGCUUGUCCCACUUUAUAAGAUGUCCACAAAAUGCGCAUUCCACACCAAAGAAGAUCUUGUUUGGUUUUGCCAUCCGUGUGAAAAAUUAAUCUGUGAAAAAUGUAAAAAGGAGCAUUCGAGUCAUUUCGUAGAGGAGACAGAUUCUCUACUCAAGGGAUUGUCAUCCAGACUACCGUCUAUCAUAGAGCAAGGAGUCGCAAUGAUUCAAGACUUUAGGCGUCGACUGGAGCUGAUUGACACACAGACAGACACAGUAGAACAGGAAUUAUCAAAGGUCAAAGGGCAACUAGAAUCACGAUACAGCAUCAUCCAGGCCAAGCUUAAAGCUCAUCAUGAAAUUCUUUGCCGGGAUUUGGACGAGUUUAUCGAGAAAGCUAAAGACAGAGGACACCACGAGAAAAAAAUCAUAUUGGAUAAAAUCAAUAUUUUAGAAAAUAUUCGUGACCAAUGUUUAAGCGAAGAAACUAACGAUGUACUGAAAGCUGUGCAAACUGAAAACGCAUGUAAAAGAUUAGCUGAAGAUGUUAAGGGUUACGCUAAACCUGCUAACGAACCUCCAUUUAAGGUUCCGGAAGUCAAAUUUAACGUCACAGAGGACGAAAUCGAAAAGGAUGUCAAUGCACUUUAUGGGAGUCUUAGUUUGGAUUCUGGGCUCAACCAAAACAAAGAAGCUUCCAACUUAUCAAAGAAGAAACCCUCCAGCACCAACGUUAAAGUCGUUACAAGACCUGCAUUUCCUGCCAUUCCUGUGCGAAAAGGUCAAAAGGUUUCUGGAAUAAUCCAAACAAGUUCGAAUGACGUCAUCGUAGGAUAUUCAACUGCUAAGGUUAUUCAUUACUACGACAGAAAUGGCAAAAAGCAAAAGACAAAAGAGUUGCCAUUUUAUGUCCAAAACAUGACAUCGACAAGUUCGGGGUUAAUCCUUGCCUCUGAAAAUAAGGGGUCUCGAAUCCUGAAAAUUGACGGAGACCGCACUGAGGUCUUUUUCGAUGCGUCGCCUUAUACAACGCAUGGUAUAUUGUGUUCAAACCAAGAUGGCACCGUGUCUGUCUGCUGUCAAUCAGACAAAGAAGGACGUGUUUAUCUCAUAACAAGUGAAGGAAAAUUGAAAACAAUAAUAGCCCAGUCAUACGAAGGUCAGACGUUGUUUCUAAAACCCCACAGGAUAGCCGAAAAUCCUGGCAGUAGAGCUCUUUUCGUAACUGAUCCAGGCUUGAAAACUUUAACUGCCAUCGACAAACAUCACAACUGUUUAUUUAAAUACCAUGGCGGGCCCGAGAGCAGUAAUUUCAUACCUAUCGACGUUGCGUUUUGUCAUUUCAAUAACACCAUACUUGUUUCCAACUGGAAAGGCAACAGUGUUCAUCACGUUGGCGAAAACGGUCACUUCCGGUCACUGGUCGUCUGCCAGAAAGACAACAUCCUGUACCCAACCGUCAUGCUGGUGGACUGCUUGAAACAACUUUGGGUUUCCCAUAAGGAAAAAAUAACGGUUUUAAAAUGCAGUUUCAAUUAAUUGAUGUAUUGAAAUUUUAAUAAACAUAUA